CAACUCAUAUGACCGUCUUACAGAUGAUGCUACACUUUGUUGAUCCCAGCCAAUAGCUUAUGCAACGAGUACUGGGACCGACCGUUCCUAAUGUAUACGUAGACUCGAUCUACCAAGGGCAAAGGAUCACUAUGAUGCAGAAACGGCUGUGUCGUGAAGCUCCUUCUUAAGAGCGGCCGAGGCCUGUACAGGCUGGUCUGUGAAGCAAGUGACUUACUCUUGAGAAGAAUUCCGCUUCCACUUUGUAGCUUCUGAGAGGUAAGCUUUAUGCUUCGCUGCAACACAAGCGACUUACCGUUGCUUCUCACCAGAGUGGUCCGACUUUUACAGAGUUAGGAUAGCCUGCACCAUGUCUCGCACACAGCCCGAUAUUGGUUAUUUCCUUCCAAACACACGGAUAAGCGACAUAAUAGUCACAUUUUAGCCACGACGUCGUUUCAGCAGGCUACAGAACCGGGUUACUGUAGCGGAGGAUGAAUAGCAGAGGCGCAAACGCAUACCACGAGCGGCGCCUACUGCCUGCGUUUCAAAGGCGUGCAAGCUCAUCUCCCACUUCCAACGAGCUUGAGCUCCAAGCAGCUCAGCCGAGGCGGGCGGACGCUUUCUACAAGCCUGGCGCCGACCCGGAGAACAAGGCUGGAGGCUUUGCGCAAGGCAGUGCCGUGUACCGCACUGAUGAGGAACGAGACCAAGACGAGGCCGCGCGACGUCAGUGGCGUGGAGACCAGCUCGAUAUGAUGCGCGAGUUUGGGAUCUAUGAGGGAUGCAGAAGCUGUUUGAUCGCGGGGCCUUGUUUGCGGCAUGACCUUUUCUACGCUGCGGCAGAGAGGGCCUCGCGCAGCACGCAAUCGGGUUCGGCCGCGCACUCUUAUGCUCCACAGCGUGAGAUCGGUCUGAGGAACUCUAUCACAUUCUCAAACGGACCUGGCUUCACUUCGGCGGCCCAGCAGCAUGCAUUCCCGUAUCAACAGCAGGAGUAGGAAGUGCUGUCGGCCGCUUCGGGCGCACAUAAUGGAUGCGAUGGCAGUGGCAAGGCUGCAGGCUCUAAGAAUGGCGAUGAGGACUGGGAGGUGAUCGACGAGGAAGAGUUCGUGGAAGACCGGAACGGCUGGGUUUUUAACGGGCCCGGACUGGCUGUUCCCAAAACGGAGGAGUUGAAAGGGGGUCUUCAGUAGGCUUCAAGCCGCUAUGCGAGGCGAUGAGCGUGGGAAGGGUGGUGCUCGUUAAGCCAGUGGCCGCACCACCACUGCUCAUCUGUCU